AAUGUGAGAGGACGCAGCAUUCAAGUACUUCUUUGCGAUGAAAUUUUGCUUUGGAUAUUUCCAAAUCAGCUGAUCCAACUUUGAAAACUAAUUCUGUGCAGCAGGUCAGUAUCUCUGGCUACAAUUCCAAGCAAGGGAUGCUUAGGAAUAAAGAUGUAGUGAGCUUCUCCAUCCGUAACGAGGUCAUUGUAACUGCUUCUCGUGCAAGACUUAAUCAGCACUAUGGACGGUUUUUGACUGUGAUUUUCUCCGAAAAGCACAUUGAAGUGAAGCAAGCAAAGGAAAUACUUUCCAGAAAGUGGCAACGCGAUGACCUUUGUGUAUUCAAAAGCUUCUACAAGUUUCAUACUGAAAAUGCAGACGAGAAAGCUAUUGUUGUUUUACUUCUGCACAAGCGAAGAGUUUUCGGGCGGUGUUCUGAUAAUGAGUGCACACAUCCUAGCGAUGUAACGGAGACACUUGUGAUGGAGAUAAAGAACGAUAAGUGGAAAGAUCAACAGCGCAAAAUUUUUGAACUGUCUCAGGGAUACCGGGAAGUCUGGAAACGAAUUGAAACCGAAGAAAUGCCGAAAUACAAGGAAAGACUAACAAGAUAUCCACUUGAAGAACUCUCAAUCAAUGCGAAUCUUGCAAGGAAGGUUGAACCAGAAAGAAUUCCAGAAAUGUCCUCACCUUCCUCUAGGUCAGAAGUCUGGCUUAGUCCAGAGUUGCGCACUUUCGAAACACUUGUGUAUCCUCAAGGGGACCCAGAUGCUGUUACAAUCACAUCAAAGGAUGUAGAUGUGCUGCGGCCAAUGGGAUUCUUAAACGAUACCAUAAUUGAUUUCUAUAUAAAAUACUUGCAAAACCAGCUCUCCGACAAGGACAAAGGGAGGUUUUAUUUUUUCAACAGCUUUUUCUUCAGAAAGCUUGCUGAUUCUAGUAUUAAAUAUACCGGUCCUAAUCGAGGCAAGAUUGUUUAUGACCGAGUGCGCAAGUGGACUCGUAAGGUGUCCUUGUUUGAGAAGGACUAUGUUUUUAUUCCUGUCAAUCAAAGUUUGCACUGGAGUCUCAUUAUUGUGUGCCAUCUUGGUAAUCUCGGAAGUUCACCUGACGAAAGCAGGGGCACACCUUGUAUUUUGCAUUUGGAUUCCAUGGAAGGGAACCAUGAGGGUAUUGAAGAGCACAUUCGAAACUAUAUCCUACAAGCGUGGAUUGAGGAGCACCAAAGUUCAGCCGAUGAAGCAUUGUCUCAUAUGAAGUACAAAGAAGCUACGGUCCCGCAACAAAUCAAUCAUUGCGAUUGUGGAAUUUACCUCUUGCAUUAUGUUGAACUCUUUCUUAAGGGAGCUCCUCAGCACUUCAGCCUUGCUUCAUUCGAAGGGUUUCCAUACUUUCUUACAAGAACUUGGUUCAAAUCAUCAGAAGCGUCUGCCAAGCGCAGUGCGAUUCGAAACCUGCUCAUACGACUUUAUCAAGACUAUCAUUCAAGUGCUACAGAUAAGCAGCCCUUGCAAGAGCAAGUGACUUCAUCACAAGGGACGGAAGAACUUUUAGUCAUCGACGUGGAUGACGUUUGCAUCUCUUCCGAUUCCAAAGCCAUCCAUUCUGAUCUUGUUGCAUCUUUGCACAGACAAAUCUGUGAAGAAGUUGAAGGUGCUGGGAAGCAAGCCAUGUCAUCUGACGUUGGCCCUGGCGUUGAAACUCCUUUGAUUGUAGACCUGCAUAGCGACGAUGAAGCUAAUGAAUCUUCUCCUUUAGAAGAUUCGCAAAUCCUAGACAGUGUGGAUGGCAAGUUAUUGCAUUCCUCUUCUACCUCGGCCCAUGAACAUAGCUCAUCUCCUCUAGAUUUUAAAGAUACUCCCGUGGUCCUUGCUAGUUCCGAUGAAGCGGUUAGCAAUGAUGAUUCAGUGAAGUUUUCGUCUUCAGCAGAUUUGGUAGUCGUUGAUAGAUACAACUCUUCACCCUCUUUUGAUAGUGAUGAUGACCAUAAAAAUGUCAGAGGACGCUAG